UUAGACAAAAGGGUCCGCUAGGUUUAUAUUCGACGUUCCUCCCGGUUAAAACCGAACUACACUACUACUGCUACUACUACUACUACUCCUACUCCUACUCCUACUACUCCUACUCCUACUCCUACUCCUACUACAACUAGGAUUUUCUCCAGGACACCACACCCAGUCUCGUACACUUAUGCAUUCCAGUAAUGAUUGCUUGGUAUUGUUCACUUUACUGAGAUUUCCAUGCGGAGAUAUUAGACUACUUUCGGACCUAGGAGUGUGACUGACGAAAAAGGGCGUGACUUCCGGGAGAUGGUAUAUCCUGCUGGUUAUUUCCUUUAAUUAACGGUCCCGGUAUUGAGCAUUUUAUAAACAGCGAGGUUCGUCUAGCUUUCAAAACUGAACACAAAACACUGAAAUCACACAAUGUCUGGACUGUCUGUGUUUGGCGGACGACGAAUAGACCAAGACUGGGUGGACAGACUGAACGGACACUGGACUGUCCUGCUCAUAUCUGCAAUGUCUGCCGGCGCUUUUCUCGCCAGGUUCUUCUUCUUGUCCAUCUCGUGUUUGACGCCGGCACACUCGACUGCUGCCUUCAACACCUACGCUCACCAGGUGUGUCUUCACAAACAAGUGUUCAUCAAGGAUCCUGGGAUGUUCGCCACUUAUGACCCGAGCACACACCAGGAUAAAGUCGUGUCGUGGCAUCUGUGGUUUCCUGUCAUUCUCUUCCUCCAGGCCUCGGUCUUCAAGGCACCAGCUGUAGUGUGGCAGCUACUUAAACAACUAGUGGGGGUCAAUAUGAACGAGACUGUGUCCACUCUGUCGGCCAGUCAAGCCAUGAAACCAGAGAAGCGAGGUUACAUAUUUAGAGAUGCGGCUCUCGUCAUCAGCCGAACAACGACAAACAGAUGCAUUGUGGGAAUACUCUACCUCUUUGUCAAGUUCCUCUUCUGCGUCAAUCUGUUGGCACAGUUUAUUUUUCUCACUGUGGUUGUCAAGGACAGAAUUGGCAUUAAAGCUAAUGCUACAGAAAUAUUAAGUUAUAAUGAAACCACAGUUCCUGCCUUUCCGCGAAACGUUCUGUGUGACAUACACAUUAAACACUUUGAGAACAUCCAAAGCUACACAUUGACGUGCGAUCUGGUAAUAAACGACGAGUUUGAGAAAUUCUAUGUCGUCCUUUGGUUCUGGGUACUGGCUGUAUUUUUGGUCUCCGCUGUUAACUUCAUGAUGUGGUUCGCCUGUCUGUUUGUUCCAUGCGUCAGGACGUCACGUAUCACAUCCUACGUCACUGCGUUUAACAGGAAUGCUGACAGCGGCGCCGGGCUCGCCAGCACGUUUGUCACGUGCUUCCUUGGUGUUGAUGGAGUCUGGCUGAUCACAAUGAUAGCGAGGAACUCCAGCGAGUUGGUGGCAGCAGACUUGACGAGACAUCUCUUCCAAAUCUACAAGGAGACGCACACCGGACGAAACGUAGGCCUACAGCCUCUGUACUCACAACAAAUCGGAAGUCAUGCACAAGCCUCAGCGCUACCGGCGUCACAAGACAUACCACUGGCAACAUUUAAUCCUGGUUCAGAGAAAGAAGAGCAGCCACUGGUGGGGAAGCGUUCAGUUUGAACAGGGUCAUUGGUCUGGACGUUUUUCUUAUACACAGAUCCUAUUUUGGCUAAGCUAAUAUUUUUAUCUAUUUGACGGGCACAACAUUAUUAAAAGAAAUCAUGAUAGGCCUACAGGACCAGUGGAGUGUGUGUGUGUGUGUGUGUUUGUGUGUGUGUGUGAGAGAGAGAGAGAGAGAGAGAGAGAGAGAGAGAGAGAGAGAGAGAGAGAGAGAGAGAGAGAGAGAGAGAGAGAGAGAGAGAGAGAGAGAGAGAGAUGCAAAUCCAGAUGUAGCACCUACCUGUCCCCUCUUCUUGUUUAGUUUAAAUGCGAAACCUCACCAUCUAUGGUCUAUCUCUGGGGGACUAGAAAAGUGAUGCAAUAUUUUAUUACAUUCAUCCUUCCCCACGUAUCAAAUAUUUUAUUUUUAAUUCUGCAAUCAAAAAAUUUAAUAUACAUGUACAUGUAGUAACUUUAUAUAUUCUACUACACCUAUGUGGGAUUUGGGACUUUAUUAAAUUGACUAAGUAAUACAUAAUAAAUGUAGACUGCUGAAAGGGUUAGCUUAAAAGACUUGUCAAAACAAUUUUAAAUUCCUGUAAAAUGAAUUGUUGUGGCAGUAAUGUUUACUGAUGUAGUUAGUGUUCAAAUGUAGGUUAGGUGAAGUAAUAAAUCUUUUGUGCCCA